AUGUUUUCAGUCUUCAAAGGUAAGACGGGUUUCGAGUCCAAGCGCCAUCAAAAGUCUAAAACGGACUUCCCGGUAACUGUAGAGCAGCGACCGGGGCACUCACAGCCAGCAGACAAAGCUCGAACACCUUCAACCAUACCUCAUAGUGAUGGCGUUGAUCACGACCGUCUCUGUUUGAUUGACACUCAUGUUGAUGGAUUGUGGUUGUGUUGCUGUGGAGCUGAGAACGAGCUCGUUCACUGGACUGGACUUCACCCUUUCAAGUACUUGAAGUGUGAAAAGUGCGGUCAUGUGUUGUGCGGCAACUGUGAGACUACUCACAUUCUGACUCUGUGGGAACAGGAUCCGCGUGUGGUUGUACACGGGAGUGAGUUGAGGAUGGCUCAGGUCUGUCCUUCCUGUGGCCUCUCUCAUCGAGCC